ACCUCAAGUGAUCCACCCAACUCAGCCUCCCAAAGUGCUGGGAUUACAGGCAUGAGCCACUGUGCCUGGCAUCUUGGCUCUUUAUGAAAUCAUCAGCCUAAUUUGCUUUGACCCAGGAAUUGCAGUGUUUGGAGGACUGGCCUGCAAAGCUUGUUCUCACUGGAGUAGUGUUUUCCUAAACUCCAUGAGGUAUUGUUGGUUGCAGUACCCACACCUUGAAAUAAACCUUAUCCUGGGGUUCUGUUUCCUUUGGGUUCUUCCAGAGGAGGACUGGUAUGGCCUGGCACUCCUUGCCUGUUUCUGGUUUGGCUGUUGUGCCGACCUGAAUGAAGCAACUAGGGGUAAUUCCAGGGCUGGUCAUGAUGACCAUUAUUUCCUAUGUACUCUGGGACUGCUUCUGAGAGUGGGCAGAUUUCCAGCCCAGGCUUGACAUGGGUUGGCCCUUCCUCGGCUCUAAUUACCCAUUCCAGUGGCAGUAAUGGUACUGGGAAUUGAAGCUUUCUUUGCCUCCUCCAUUAUAAUUAAUUGCUUCCAAUUCCACCAGAUCUGUCCCUUGCAAAGCUCAUUUACUUUCAGGAGCUGCUGGAUGUCCGCACCAGAGCUUAAAGAGAGAGGGGUGGAGUGAGACUGGGGUGUGACUCUAAUAUGAACCCCAAAGAGUGGAGUGUGUACCUGCCUGAGCAAGUCCCAGGAGGGAGGCCCAGGUCUUGAGUGAGUUUGUUUGCACUGAGAUUUGUGCCAUCAACCUCAGGAGCUCUCCAUACCUCUGACUCAAGUCCCUGGGAGUUCCAUCCUGGAUGCCUUUUGUAGGCAGGUGAAAUGUGUUUUGAGCAGAGGUUCCAUAAGGGUUUGAGGUUUGGCACCAGCGACGCUUUUACUUUUCAGCAAAUGUCAGGAGUAGAAAAAGGGAAUGAAUAGAAUACAACUAAGUUUUGAAAAGCAGUGAAAUGUGGGGUGACCCCCUCCCGCUGCCAGCCCUCUCCCCCGCUUUAAGAAAAGCAAACACUCUUUUCCUGUCUUAUUUGUGUUCCCAUUAAUUUAAGACAGGAAGCCUCAGUGGGUGUGAUGUAAACAAUUCGGCCUCGUGGGUCGGGCUUCCUCAUCAGUUUGCAGCUGGAGCGAUGGCUGCGGGGCCGAGGCCCACUCAGGCCUCUCGGGGGAUGGCUUGUUGACUGAACCCCACAGAAGGUGGGAGGGGUAGGGGCGCGGGAGAAGGUAUAAAGGAAAUGCUUCAGUCGUGCGGUCACCGGCGAUUGUAAUUCCGCGGUGGUAAAUCUGGUUACUCCAGCAGAAAGGCUCUGACCGGAGAUUUCUGGAAAGUUCCCUGACAUCCUGCCCCAUGCGAUGGUUGUGAUUUUAGCUGGGGGCUCCACCCCCUAAGAACCCAGGCUGCCGCCGAUUAUGAAACGGAGUGGCGGUGAAGUGUAAUUGAUGGGGGUGGGUGGAGCUUCUGGCCCGGGCGGGGAGGGAGAACUUUCGGAGCAGGCGAGGGGCUGGGGUCCGCCGCUUUCUCCUCUAGCCUGCUUCGGGUUUGCCCCAGGAGGCUCCUGAGCCCCUAGUGUCAACAAAGGUGUCUUGGAUGAGAAGCCCCAAACUCCCUGAAAUCCUCCCCAGGGCGGUUUCCUUUUCCCGGCCAGGGGAGUGACCAGGGUAGGGAUCCUGGAAUGCUGUGGGGUUUUGACAAGUGAGGCGGGGAGUGGCGAGCCGAGUUUAGGAUUGCAUUACAGGCUUUCCUAACCUCCUCCACCGCGGCGCGCAGGGAGGAGGGGGUCCUCCCACAGGCGCGGAGCCGGCGGAGAGCAGCCCUCGGGAAGUCCUGCAAGGGCUGGCGCGUUCCGGGAGGGCAGCCGGUCGCCGCCCGCGGGCCGCCCGCAGGUGAUUAGGCUAAUGAGCCGCCCCGGGGGCGCGGAGCCCGGCCCGGCGAGCGGAUUACCCUGCGCGCGGCUGCAGCUGGCGGAGACUCCCAGGAGCCCCGGAGAGGGGGUCGGACGGGAACCCUCCGAAGGUGACUUCAGAACUGGAGUUACCUGGCUGAGCAGUGCUGGAAUGGCGGCUUUAUCUACCUGAUCAUGCUGCGUCGCUUUAAGCACAAAGCCCACUCCGCUUAUAAUGGCAACAGCAGCAACAGCUCUGAACCAGGAGAGACACCUACGUUGGAGUUGGGUGACCGAACUGCGAAAAAGGGAAAAAGAACCAGAAAGUUUGGGGUCAUCUCCAGGCCACCUGCCAACAAGGCCCCUGAAGAAUCCAAGGGCAGCACUAGCUGUGAGGUGUCCAGUGACCCCAGCGCUGAGCUGGAGAACGGCCCUGACCCUGAACUUGGAAAUGGCCAUGUCUUUCAGCUAGAAAAUGGUCCAGAUUCUCUCAAGGAGGUGGCUGGACCCCAUCUAGAGAGGUCAGAAGUGGACAGAGGGACAGAGCAGAGAAUUCCAAAGACAGAUGCUCCUCUGACCACAAGCAAUGACAAACGCCGCUUCUCAAAAGGUGGGAAGACGGACUUCCAGUCGAGUGACUGCCUGGCACGGGAGGAAGUUGGCCGAAUAUGGAAGAUGGAGCUGCUCAAAGAAUCGGAUGGGCUGGGAAUUCAGGUUAGUGGAGGCCGAGGAUCAAAGCGCUCACCUCACGCUAUCGUUGUCACUCAAGUGAAGGAAGGAGGUGCCGCUCACAGGGAUGGCAGGCUGUCCUUAGGAGAUGAGCUGCUGGUAAUCAAUGGUCAUUUACUGGUUGGGCUCUCCCACGAGGAAGCGGUGGCCAUUCUUCGCUCCGCCACGGGAAUGGUGCAGCUGGUGGUAGCCAGCAAGGAAAGCUCUGCGGAGGACCUCCUCAGGUUAACAUCUAAAAGCUUGCCGGAUCUGACCAGCUCCGUGGAAGACGUGUCCUCUUGGACCGAUAACGAGGACCAGGAGGCAGACGGGGAAGAGGACGAAGGAACCGGCUCUUCUGUCCAGAGAGCAAUGCCUGGGACAGAUGAGCCCCAAGAUGUGUGCGGUGCUGAGGAAUCCAAGGGGAACUUGGACAGUCCCAAACAGGGCAGCAAUAAAAUCAAGCUCAAGAGUCGCCUUUCAGGGGGUGUACACCGCCUCGAGUCAGUUGAAGAAUAUAACGAGCUGAUGGUGCGGAAUGGGGACCCCCGGAUCCGGAUGUUGGAGGUCUCCCGAGAUGGCCGGAAGCACUCCCUCCCGCAGCUGUUGGACUCCUCCAGUGCCUCGCAGGAAUACCACAUUGUGAAGAAGUCCACCCGCUCCUUAAGCACGACUCAGGUAGAAUCUCCUUGGAGGCUCAUUCGGCCAUCCGUCAUCUCCAUCAUUGGGCUGUACAAAGAAAAAGGCAAGGGCCUUGGCUUUAGCAUUGCUGGAGGUCGAGACUGCAUUCGGGGACAGAUGGGGAUUUUUGUCAAGACCAUCUUCCCAAAUGGAUCAGCUGCUGAGGAUGGAAGACUUAAAGAAGGGGAUGAAAUCCUAGAUGUAAAUGGAAUACCAAUAAAGGGCUUGACGUUUCAAGAAGCCAUUCAUACCUUUAAGCAAAUCCGGAGUGGAUUAUUUGUCUUAACGGUACGCACAAAGUUGGUGAGUCCCAGCCUCACCCCCUGCUCGACACCCACACACAUGAGCAGAUCUGCCUCCCCGAACUUCAACACCAGUGCAGGAGCCUCAGCCGGAGGCUCUGAUGAAAGCAGUUCUUCAUCCCUGGGCCGGAAGACCCCUGGGCCCAAGGACAGGAUCGUCAUGGAAGUAACACUCAACAAAGAGCCAAGAGUUGGAUUAGGCAUUGGUGCCUGCUGCUUGGCUCUAGAAAACAGUCCUCCGGGCAUCUACAUUCACAGCCUUGCUCCAGGAUCAGUGGCCAAGAUGGAGAGCAACCUGAGCCGUGGAGAUCAAAUCCUGGAAGUGAACUCCGUCAACGUCCGCCAUGCUGCUUUAAGCAAAGUCCACGCCAUCUUGAGCAAAUGCCCUCCAGGACCUGUUCGCCUUGUCAUCGGCCGGCACCCUAAUCCAAAGGUUUCCGAGCAGGAAAUGGAUGAAGUGAUAGCACGCAGCACUUAUCAGGAGAGCAAAGAGGCCAAUUCCUCUCCUGGCUUAGGUACCCCCUUGAAGAGUCCCUCUCUUGCAAAAAAGGACUCCCUGAUUUCUGAAUCUGAACUCUCGCAGUACUUUGUUCACGAUGUUCCUGGCCCCUUGUCGGACUUCAUGGUGGCCGGCUCUGAGGACGAGGAUCACCCAGGAAGUGGCUGCAGCACAUCAGAGGAUGGCAGCCUGCCUCCCAGCACCUCCACUCACAAGGAGCCUGGAAAAGCCAGAGCCAACAGCCUUGUGACUCUUGGGAGCCAGCGGACCUCUGGGCUUUUCCACAAGCAGGUGACAGUGGCCAGACAAGCCAGUCUCCCCGGAAGCCCGCAGGCCCUCCGCAACCCUCUCCUCCGCCAGAGGAAGGUAGGCUGCUACGAUGCCAACGAUGCCAGUGAUGAGGAAGAGUUUGACGGAGAAGGGGACUGCAUUUCACUCCCAGGGGCCCUCCUGGGUCCCAGCAGGCCUCUGGCAGAGGAUGACUCGAGGUGUGUCUUGAUCUCUUCCAAGGGCGUGGACAUCAUCAACCAAGAGGAACGACCCCAGAAAACACUGGUCAGCAAAGCUGUCUCAGCGCCUCUUCUUGGCAGCUCAGUGGACUUAGAGGAGAGUGUCCCAGAGGGCAUGGUGGUUGCUCCUUCCCAUGCAGCCAACCUCACAGACUCUGCAGAGGCCCCGAAGGGGAGCCCUGGAAGCUGGUGGAGGAAGGAACUGCCAGGAUCAAGUAGUGCACCCAAAUUGGAAUACACAGUCCAUACAGACACCCAGAGUCCAGUGAACACUGGGAGCCCCAGUUCCCCCCAGCAGAAGAAUGAAGGCCUGGCCUCCAAGCACAGACCAGUGGCCAGGGUCAGCCCGCAGUGCAAGAGAUCCGAGGCUGAGGUCAGGCCCAGUGGCUCAGAGACAGUGAACCUGACUGGCAGAGCCAGUGAUCCACACGACCUGGACUCGGGAGUCCAGGCCACUUGCAUCAAAGUGACUGUCACUGGCUUUCGGCCAGGUGGAGCUGUGGAGAAGGAAUCUCUGGGAAAGCUGACCACUGGAGAUGCUUAUGUCCCUACCGACUGUGAACUAGCCAGUGCUCUGUCCCACCCAGAUGCCAGCCACCUCAUAGAGAACCUGCCCAAAGCUGCACCAGAGCUGGGGCAACAACUCAUGACUGGACUGGACAGCAGCUCAGACCUCAUCCCUUCCCCAGGGAAGAAGGGGGCCACUCAUCCUGACCCCGGCAAGACCUCUGUAGACACAGGGCGAGUCAGUCGGCCCGAGACCCCCAGCCAGCCUGCAUUGCCCAGGGUCUCCGAGCGCAAGGCCAGGUCUCCAGUCAGGCUCCCCCAUGAGGGCAGCCACUCCCAGGGGGAGAAGGCAGCAGCUCCCACCGACUGCAGUAAGACCCGAUCAGCAUCAGAAGCCAGCACACCUCUCAAUAUCAUGAGGGUGGCUGCCCUGAGGGGAGCGGGGCCCGGGGCAGACGGAGCGACACCAGCUGGUGCUGUCCUGCCACGAGACUGCCUCGCAUCCCAGGAGCAGAGACAAGGAGCUCCAGGGAACCACAGCAAGGCUUUGGAAAUGACAGGAACCCACACACCUGAGAGCUCCUGGGAGCCUUCCCUGUUGGAGGGAACAGAUUCUGUGUCCUCAAGGGCACCUCAGGCCAGCCUCUCCCUGCUGCCAUCCACUGACAACACCAAAGAAGCAUGUGGCAGUGUCGCAGGGCACUGCUGCCCAUCGGGGAGUAGAGAGAGCCCUGUGACGGACAUUGACAGCUUCAUUAAGGAGCUGGAUGCUUCUGCAGUGAAGUCUCCGUCUUCCCAGAUGGGGGACAGUAGCUGUCAGGAGGGCAGCGCUCAAGGCCACCCGCCAGCCAGGGCUGGAGGUGGGAGCUCCCGCCGUGCUGAACCAGUCCCGGGGGGUCAGACCUCCUCCCCGAGGAGGACCUGGGCUGCUGGUGCUCCCCCUCACCCACAGUGGACCUCCCAGCCUUCGGUUUUAGAUUCCAUUAAUCCUGACAAACAUUUUACUGUGAACAAAAACUUCCUGAGCAACUACUCUAGAAAUUUUAGCAGUUUUCAUGAAGACAGCACCUCCCUAUCAGGCCUGGGCGACAGCACGGAGCCAUCUCUGUCAUCCAUGUAUGGCGAUGCUGAGGAUUCGUCUUCUGAACCUGAGUCACUCACUGAACCCCCACGAGCCUCCACCAGGGACAGCUGGUCCCCUCCUCGUUCCCAGGGGUCUUUGCACAAGGAAGAUCCUUUGGAGUCAGAGGAGGAGCAGAUUGAAAUUUGUUCCACAAAUGGCUGCCCCGAUCCACCCUCAAGUCCUGCUCAUCUUCCCAGCCAGGCUGCCAUCUGUCCUGCCCCGGCCAAUGUUCUGCCAUUAAAAUAUGGCACUCUGAGCGGGUCAGUGGCUGGUCCCCGUGAGAAGGCCGCUGGCCUGCCAGACUCAUGCAGUCCAGGCCCAAACUCUUCCCAGCCGUCUUCACUCUUGGAUAUGAGCUCUCAGGAGCCUGAAACUCAAGCGGACUUAAGCACUUCCCAGAACCACAGGCCCUUGUGUGCAGAAGAAACUACGGAAGUCACCAGCGCUAGCUCAGCCAUGGAAAAGAGUCAGACUUCUAAAGUGGCUAGGCAUUUUCACAGCCCACCCAUCAUUCUUCGCUCCCCUCACAUGGUAAAUGGUUUGGAACAUGACCUGCUAGAUGACCAAACGCUGAAUAAAUACGAAACAAACCUUACUGUGGCUGCAAAUCUGUCCUUAAGUGUGGACGUCCCUAAGAAUGGAGAAUCUGUAUUGGAAAACCUACACAUCUCUGAAAGUCAAGACCUGGAUGACUUGCUACAGAAACCAAAAGUGAUCACCAGGAGGCCCAUCAUGGCCUGGUUUAAAGAAAUAAACAAGCAUAACCAAGGCACCCAUUUGCAGAGCAAAACCGAGAAGGAGCACUCCCUGAUGCCUGCCGGAAGUCCCCACUCCAAGAUUCAGAUGGCAAGUUCAAGCCAAAAAAAAAAGGGUGUUGCUAUGCCCCAUAGCCCUCCGCCGCCCAAAACAAAUCUGGAAAAUAAGGACCCGUCUAAGAAGAGUCCAGCGGAAAUGAUUCUGACUAAUGGUCAGAAGCCAAAGUGUGGUCCAAAGCUGAAGAGGCUCAGCCUCAAGGGCAAGGCCAAAGUCAGCUACGAGGUUCCUGGUGCAAAUGCCGUGAAGGCCGGGGGGUUGGACCACAGGAAACCCUUGAUCUCACCCCAGACCUCCCACAAAACACUCUCUAAGGUGGUAUCACAGCGGCUCCACGUAGCGGAGUGCGAGGAGCCCGACAGAAACCCCACAGCCCCUGCCAGACCCCCCCAGGGUGUACUGGAGACCAAGCCACCUCUUGCCACCUCCGGGCCACUGAAGCCCUCGGUGUCUGACACGAGCAUCAGGACAUUCGUCUCGCCCCUGACCUUCCCCAAGUCUCUUCCGGAGCAAGGCACGUGGAGCAGGUUCCACGUGGCUGUCCUCUCCGAGCCUGACAGAGGUAGCCCAGCCCCCCCUAAGUCUCCUAAGUGUGGAGCGGACGGCAAGGUGCCCCGGGCUGACUCUGGGCGGGCGAGUCCUGCGGCAUCCAGGAACAGUGUGUCCGUGGUAGGGAACAGACAGAGCGAGCAGUGCCUGACCAGCCAUGUAGAUUCGGCGGCAGGCAUAGCCCAACCCAGGCUGACAGGCGAAAAAGGAGGCAGCAUCAUGGCCAGAGAUCGCCUCGAAAUAACAAACCAGCUGAGAAUUGUGGAGAUUUCUGCUGAAGCGGUGCCAAGGACUGCAUGUGGAAACAAGCCAGGUGAAAGUGACAGAUGGGGAGGGUCCUCGGCCCAGGGCAACUGUCAGGAGAAGAGUGAAAUCAGCCUGUGUCACCCGAUCGUGGAAUCGUCCACAAGUCAUCUGUCCUCAGUCCCGUCUCAUGCCUCCCAGGUGGAGCAGGAAAUGCCAGGAUCAUUUAGCAUGGCCAAGCUGGCGUCCUCCUCCUCCUCCCCUCAACUGCCCGUUAGAAAGGCAGAUUCCUCACAGGGAAAGUCAAGUCUGAUGUCAGACUCCCUAGGGGUGCCCAGAAACGGCACUCCAGGGGGUCCCUCGGGGAAGGACCAUCCCUAUUUCACCCCAAGGCCAGCGACCCGGACCUACUCCAUGCCAGCCCAGUUCUCAAGCCAUUUUGGGCGGGAGGCUCACUCCCCAUACAGCCUGGGUCGCUCUCCUCGGGACAGCCAGGUCCCUGUGACAAGCAGUAAUGUCACCGAGGCAAAGGCAUCCAGGGCGGGUCCUCCUGGCCUGGCUACCGGACAGGGCAUAUAUAGUGUCAAGCCGCUGGUGGAAUCAUUGAGGAAUCUUCCAGCCACAGAUGAAGGGGAUCUCAUUUCAGUCCAGGAGACGAGCCGCCUAGUCACAGACAAAAUCAAAGUCACCAGAAGACACUACUGCUAUGAGCAGAACUGGCCCCACGAAUCUACCUCAUUUUUCUCUGUGAAGCAGCGGAUCAAGUCUUUCGAGAACCUGGCCAAUGCUGACCGGCCGGUAGCCAAGUCUGGGGCUUCCCCGUUUUUGUCAGUGAGCUCCAAGCCUCCCAUCGGGAGGCGGUCUUCCGGCAGCAUUGUUUCAGGGAGCCCAGGCCACCCAGGUGAUGCCGCUGUGAGGUUGUUGAGACGCAGCUUGAGUUCCUGCAGCGAAAGCCAAAGUGAAGCUGGUGUCCUCCUCCCCCAGAUGGCCAAGUCUCCCUCGAGCAUGACACUGACCAUCUCCCGGCAGAACCCUCCAGAGACCAGUACCAAGGGCUCUGAUUCGGACCUUAAGAAAUCACUUGGUUCUUUGGGAAUCCCCACCCCAGUGAUGACCCCAGCCUCUCCCGUUAAGAGGAACAAGUCCUCGGUGCGUCACGUGCAGCCCUCGCCCGUGUCCCGCUCCAAGCUCCAGGAGCUGAGAGCCUUGAGCAUGCCUGACCUUGACAAGCUCUGCAGCGAGGAUUACUCGGCGGGCCCAAACACCGUGCUCUUCAAAACCGAGCUGGAGAUCACCCCCAGGAGGUCACCAAGCUCCCCUGCUGGAGGCAUUUCGGGUCCCGAGAAGGGCGGGAACAGGGCCUGUCCAGGAGGAAGUGGCCCUAAAACCAGUGCUUCUGAGACACCCAGUUCAGCCAGUGAUGUGGGCGAAAUUGCUCAGGAUCUGCCUUUUAGGAAAAGCUGGUCAGUUAAUUUGGAUCAACUUCUGGUCUCUGCGGGGGACCAGCAAAGAUUACAGACUGUUUUAUCGUCAGUGGGGUCGAAGUCUACCAUCCUAACUCUCAUUCAGGAAGCGAAAGCACAAUCAGAGAAUAAAGAAGAUGUUUGCUUCAUAGUCUUGAAUAAAAAAGAAGGCUCAGGUCUGGGAUUCAGUGUGGCAGGAGGGACAGAUGUGGAGCCAAAAUCAAUCACGGUCCACAGGGUGUUUUCUCAGGGGGCAGCUUCUCAGGAAGGGACUAUGAACCAAGGGGAUUUCCUUCUGUCAGUCAACGGCACCUCAUUGGCUGGCUUGGCCCAUGGGAAUGUCCUGAAGCUUCUGCACCAGGCUCAGCUGCACAAAGAUGCCCUCGUGGUCAUCAAGAAAGGGACGGAUCAGCCCAGGCCCUCUGCCCGGCAGGAGCCUCCCACAGCCAAUGGGAAGGGUUUACUGUCCAGAAAGACCAUCCCCCUGGAGCCUGGUGUUGGGAGAAGCGUGGCUGUACAUGAUGCCGUGUGUGUGGAAGUGCUGAAGACCUCAGCUGGGCUGGGACUGAGUCUGGAUGCGGGAAAAUCGUCUGUGAUGGGAGACGGGCCCUUGGUCAUUAAAAGAGUGUACAAAGGAGGUGCAGCUGAACAAGCUGGAAUAAUAGAGGCUGGAGAUGAAAUUCUUGCUAUUAAUGGAAAACCUCUGGUCGGGCUCAUGCACUUCGAUGCCUGGAAUAUUAUGAAGUCUGUCCCAGAAGGACCUGUGCAGUUAUUAAUUAGAAAGCAUAGGAAUUCUUCAUGAAUUUUAACAAGAACCUUUUUCUCAGUUUUUUUUUCUUUAGCAAAUCAGAGUGACUUCUUUAAACUACAGGUUCUUGAAAUGGCCAACGCUGGUAUAGACAAGAACUAUAAAAAUCUGCAAGCUUGUGCUUACAACACAUGAAGUCUGACUUUCUAUAUGUGCAGCAGCAAUGACAUGAACUCCAGAAGCCGCCUACCUGGAUCACCCAGGCCAGGAGGGUCCCUUUGUUCCAGUGCCUGUUCCCUACCAUUAUGUUUACUGAUGGAGAUACGAGAUGUGACAUACCCUUCUUUAUUUGAAAUACUUAGCUAGACCUUUGAUUCCUUCUUCCCAACAUACCCAAUCCUGGUGAUUAGGUAACUAAGAGUCUGAGGGGGACACAAAUGUCACACCUAAGAGGACUAUCAUUUUAUAUGAUUUUGUAAGUAAAUGACAGAAUGCUUUUAGGCACAUUCAAUGGAAGGAGGAGCUGCAGGUCUGUAUAUGUUACCCUGAAAAGAGAAAGAGACUUAAAAAAAAAAAAAAUGAAUUAUGACCUGUUAGGCUGAGCUCAGGAAUUAUUCAAAAACGAAAAAGCAAAAUAGAGUAUUUUUUAGAGAGUGUAAUGUAUAACGUACGUAUGCAGAGUUCAAGUCAAUAGGUUACUGAUCACCAUGAAGUAUUGAUCAUUUUCUAUCUAUCUCUAAAAGUGUAAGCCAUAAGGCUGUUUUACAGAAUAGCACUUCUGAUAAACUGUAUUAAAUAGCCAUGAGCUUCACUGCUUAGAGGCAGCAGAAAGGUCAGCAUCUGAAAGCACCUUAUAAGUAAUUUUUGAACCUGUCUUGGUUAAGUUCUUGAAUUCAAGACUGGUCAGUACAAGAGCAGGCAAAAAUACCACAGUCACUGGGUUUCCAUUUCUGUAUUUGAUGUACUCCAACCACAAAUUUAAAUUUUUAGAAAUCAAGUAUCUUUCUAAGUGUCCUUGGCUUUAUAAACAUAGACAUUAUAUUUACAAUCCAAAUAGGGGAGCUUAAUGGAAUCCUUUGAGGAGACUGGUUCUUCUCUUUCCCAACAUGUUUAGGAAAUUCUAAGUAUUGGAUCUCUUUUCUUGACCUAGUAUAAUGGCAACUGCAGUGACUUAAGUUUUUGCUGUUUUCAUUUUCCUGUUUUGCGAUGUCCUCCUUUUGCCAAAAAAUAUUUUCCUGCAGAAGACUUGUGACUCACGCUGCUCGUGAAACUCACCCUGGCCACUCCUCCUCUGGCGGCAUGAGCUGCUCCCCAGUAGCUAUUCUCAUUUGAUGUUCUGUUCGUCGUCAGAGUUGGCUCUUUUCCUCUCAUACUGUACCUUAUUUUCUUAAAUUCCAAACCCUCAUCAGGUCAUCAAGAGGAGGAACAACAUGGAGAAACAGGGUGAGUCAAGGUAAGGGGGCAGAACUAUGUAGUUACAAGCCAGAUCUUUAGCGGCACAAAGCAACCCAUUGAGUACUGAGAAUAUGAGUGGAGAAUGCAUUUGCCGUACCUGUAUGCAUGACACGAAAAUUUUAUGUUGGAGAUACUUCUUUAAAUAACUUGCAGUCUGGGUCUAUGGCUAUGACCCCAGAUUCAUGGAGGGGCUUUAGCUUUCAGCUUUGUAACAUUUUUCUGAGUGAUUAAUCCCACUAAACAUCUUUGAAGUUGGCCUGGAGAGGUCCUUCAGAUGAGUGAAAUAUCUGGCUUGUCUGAGUCCAGAUUUCUCAUCAACCGGCAAUACAAAGGAAAAUAUAGUACCGUAGUUAGUUAGAACGGUCUGAUUGAUUUAACUUCUACUUUUCACUACAGUUACAGGUAGGAUACUGUAGGAAGUCAGUGCAAGGUGCAUGCUUGAUUGUUUUUUAAGUCUCUGGGGUCAGUUUUGUGGUUUCUGCUUUCUUGCCUUAAGACUAUUUCAAGUCAACACUGAAAACUGCUUUUCGUCUCCACUCUUAUAGCUGUGCCUAAUAAUAAGAAAUGCACAGCCCUAUGUGAACAAACAGGAACUUCUUGCGCAAUGUGGAGCGAAUGGAAUGGCCUCCUUCUGAGAGUCCUUAAUCCUCAUCUCUGGAGUACACGGGCCGACCUCUGGCUUAUUACAUACAUACACUAUGCUAAAGUCAUCAGUCACUUUAUUACAUCUUGCCAGAAGGUUUCCCCGGCCAGCAGUUGAAAUUUAAGGGAAGAAGCAAAAGCUAAACUGUCUUUGACCCUAAGAUAGAAAGCUAUUUAUUUGUCUUCAGUGUUCAAGGCAUGACUAGUAUUUCUAAUUAGCCUAAUUAAUUCCCACACUUCCUAAAGUGAACACUAAUGGUAUUGUCCUACUAAAACUGUCAUUGUUUUUUUUUUAAACUGGUCAGUCAUUCACAAUAAGCUAUGAGGGUAAAUAUGUGUUAUAACAAGUAAAUCGUAGUUGCAAGAAUAUACCAUGAAGAUUAAAGUAGGUUGGGUUUCAUUUCCAUCUUCCCACACACAUCUCAUUGAAUUUGAUGGUUGACUUAAUUGGCACCAUAACUUUGUAUGAUAUUAUACAUUAUCCUUUAUUUAUGUAAAGUAAAAUGCCUUAUAUAUUAAAGAGUACGUGCAAUAAUAUGAAAUAGCCUGUACAUUUAAAACAUGUUGUCGCCAAGUUAUAUAAAUCCACAUCUCUGUAAACAACUUUUUAAAGUAAUUUUAAAAAAAUAAACACUCUGCUUACUACUUGA